GGGGGCGCAGCCCCGCACCCCCCGCGCUCCCGCCAUGCCGGAGAAGCGGCCGUUCGAGCGGCUGCCCGCCGACGUGUCCCCCCUCAACUAUGGGCUCUGCCUCAAGCCGGACCUCAUCGACUUCACCUUCGAGGGCAAGCUGGAGGCCGCCGUGCAGGUGAAGAAUGCCACCAACCAGAUCGUGAUGAACUGCGCCGACAUCGACAUCAUCACGGCGUCCUACGCCCCGGAAGGAGACGAAGAGGUUCACGCCACAGGGUUCAACUACCAGAAUGAGGAUGAAAAGGUCACUCUGUCCUUCCCCAGCACCCUGCAGAAAGGGACAGGGACACUCAAGAUAGACUUUGUAGGGGAGCUGAAUGACAAAAUGAAAGGGUUUUACCGGAGUAAGUACAGCACACCCAGCGGGGACACGCGCUACGCCGCCGUCACCCAGUUCGAGGCCACUGAUGCUCGCAGGGCUUUCCCCUGCUGGGAUGAGCCUGCAAUCAAAGCAACGUUUGAUAUUUCUUUGGUGGUUCCCAAAGACAGAGUAGCUUUGUCAAAUAUGAACGUGGUGGAGCGGCGGCCGUACCCCGACGACGAGAGCCUGGUGGAGGUGAAGUUCGCGCGCUCGCCGGUCAUGUCCACGUACCUGGUGGCCUUCGUGGUGGGCGAGUACGACUUCGUGGAGGCGCGCUCGCAGGACGGCGUGCUGGUGCGCGUCUACACGCCCGUGGGCAAGGCCGAGCAGGGCAAGUUCGCCCUCGAGGUUGCUGCUAAAAACUCUGCCUUUUAUAAGGACUACUUCAAUGUUCCUUACCCUCUUCCUAAAAUUGAUCUCAUAGCUAUUGCAGACUUUUGCUGCUGGUAAAGUGCCAUGGAGAACUGGGGCCUUGUUUACUACAGGGAGACUGCCCUGCUCAUCGACCCCAAGAAUUCCUGCUCCUCGUCCCGCCAGUGGGUGGCUCUGGUGGUGGGACACGAACUGGCUCACCAGUGGUUUGGGAACCUCGUCACCAUGGAGUGGUGGACCCACCUGUGGCUGAACGAGGGCUUUGCCUCGUGGAUCGAGUACCUGUGCGUGGAUCACUGCUUCCCCGAGUACGACAUCUGGACCCAGUUCGUGUCUGCUGACUACACGCGGGCCCAGGAGCUCGAUGCCUUAGACAACAGCCACCCCAUCGAGGUCAGCGUGGGCCAUCCCUCCGAGGUGGAUGAAAUAUUUGAUGCCAUUUCCUACAGCAAGGGAGCCUCUGUGAUCCGGAUGCUGCACGACUACAUCGGGGAUGAGGAUUUCCGGAAAGGAAUGAACCUGUACCUGACCAAGUUCCAGCAGAGGAAUGCUGCCACAGAGGAUCUCUGGGAAAGCCUGGAAAAAGCCAGUGGCAAACCCAUUGCUGCUGUGAUGAACACGUGGACCAAACAAAUGGGAUUUCCACUCAUUUACGUGGAGGCUGAACAGCAAGAAGAUGACAAAGUGUUGAAGUUGGUCCAGAAGAAAUUCUGUGCCAGUGGACCAUAUACUGGGGAGGAUUUCCCCAUGUGGAUGGUGCCCAUCAGUAUUUGCACGAGCGAGGACCCCAGCUGUGCCAAAAUGCAGAUUUUGAUGGACAAGCCCGAGCUCACCGUGGUGUUGAAGGACACCAAGCCAGAGCAGUGGGUCAAGCUGAACCUGGGCACGGUGGGGUUCUACCGCACGCAGUACAGCCCGGCCAUGCUGGAGAGCCUGAUCCCGGCCAUCAGGGACCUGUCCCUGCCGCCCGUCGACAGGCUGGGGCUGCAGAACGACCUCUUCUCCCUGGCCCGAGCUGGCAUCAUCAGCACGGUGGAGGUGCUGAAGGUGAUGGAAGCCUUUGUGAACGAGCCCAACUACACGGUGUGGAGCGACCUGAGCUGCAACCUGGGCAUCCUGGGCACGCUGCUGUCCCACACGGACUUCUACGAGGACAUCCAGGUGUUCGUCAGAGACGUCUUCUCGCCCAUCGGGGAGAGGCUGGGCUGGGACCCCCGGCCCGGAGAGGGGCACCUGGACGCGCUGCUGCGGGGGCUGGUGCUGGGCAAGCUGGGCAAGGCCGGGCACAAGGCGACGCUGGAGGAGGCGCGGCGCCGCUUCAAGGAGCACGUGGAGGGCAAGCACGUCCUGUCCGCCGACCUGAGGAGCCCCGUCUAUGUGACUGUGCUGAAGCACGGGGACAGCUCCACCCUGGACACCAUGCUAAAGCUGCACAAGCAGGCUGACAUGCAGGAGGAGAAGAACCGGAUCGAGCGUGUCCUCGGGGCCAUCUCCCAGCCCGAGCUGAUCCAAAAAGUUCUCACCUUUGCACUUUCAGAAGAGGUACGUCCCCAGGACACGGUGUCAGUGAUUGGAGGGGUGGCUGGAGGCAGCAAACAGGGCAGGAAAGCUGCUUGGAAAUUCGUGAGGGACAACUGGGAGGAGCUUUAUAAUCGAUACCAAGGUGGAUUCCUAAUAUCCAGAUUAAUAAAGCUCACAGUGGAUGGAUUUGCAAAUGAUAAAAUGGCUGCAGAAGUGAAGGCGUUCUUCGAGAGCCACCCGGCGCCGUCGGCGGAGCGCACGGUGCAGCAGUGCUGCGAGAACAUCCUGCUGAACGCGGCGUGGCUGCGGCGCGACGCCGACAGCAUCCAGCACUUCCUGCAGCAGCGCCGGGCGCCGCCCGCGCCCGUGUGAGCCCUCCGCGCCCGCCGCGG